GUACGCCGAAAGCGCACAAUAGCGGCGAGCGCAAUCCGGGAGCCCUACCCUACUACGCCAAACGCACCCGGGCCUCUUCUUCUUUAUCGGCGGCGAGAGGAACUCUCGCGAACACGAAAACGGAGCGACGUUAUCGGCCGACGCACCCACUCGCCUCAGAAACCAAAACCAAACCUAACUGCUCUUGAUUCGAUCUGCCACGCAUUGGUAAUAGCAUUAGAGAGAUAGUAGUAAGAAAGGUCUAUGGAGUGCACCACAACUGUUCAAACCUAGUCCUGUUCUGACGGAGUCUAUUUCUUUGAUUAUGGGCAACUGUUAAAGAAUAUGAGUUUGGAUUUGUUAACUAUUUCGCAUUUGAUCUUAAACUCAUUUUGGUCAAAGGAUCUCUAUUUGUCUUCCUUUUCUCGUACCUCUCCCCUAAUCUAGUAAUAAGGCCUCGGAUUUCUGAAUGACAUAGGUCUGGUGAUAUUCGUCGCUGUUAGCUUUCUUCCUAAAUGUCUGAGGACAUCAAUAUGGAUGCAUCCUCAGCACAACCUAUGGGUGAAGCUGGGGAUAUAUCGCCGCCUAGACAUAAUACAUCAAUAACAGACCUUGAAUUUGGUGUUAGAAGUUUGGCUAGUGAAGCAACAUAUGAGAAACCUGCGACCAGUGUUGAAAAUGUGAGGAAGGGAUCUAAAGAAGCCAUGGCAGAAGGCAUUGAACAACAGGUUCAAGAGGAUUUUUCCAGAAAUUCAAGCUUUGAUCAACUGGGGCAACAACUGGAAGAUACCACUGUAAAUUCUUCUGAGCAGUUAGGGUUGCUUCCUAGAGGUACUGCCGGGAAAAAUUUAUCUGCUAAUCAUUCCUCUGAACUAAAUCAUGAACUAGUUCCAGAAAGUGUAACUAGUUAUACAUUGGCAGACAAACAGGAGGUUGCUAUCAGCUACGUACAGAAUGGACUGGUUUGUACUGGGACAGUAGAAAUCAGCCAUGUUGAACAAUUCGGCCAACCAUCUGAGGAUGUAGCCAAAAAUUCCAAUUCGGAACAACUGAGACCACCACCAGAAGAUGAGAGAGAGUCUAGUCUGGAGCUAUCGAGGUUAGCACCUGAAGAUGCAGCAGUGAAUAUUCGUCCUGGACAGUUGACACCAUUACCAUAUAAUGUGUCCAAGAAUCGGGAUCUUGAUCAAUUAGAAUCACCACAAGAUUAUGAAGCUAAUGAAGCUAGUACAUCAGGAGGUGGGGGUAGAAGAACCUCUAUAAGGUCAACAAAAGGAAAACACGCACUGAAAUCUUCUGUAAGCAGUGCUAGAGUUUUGCGAUCUAGGUCACAAGAGAAAUCUAAAGCUCCUGAGCCAGUUAGUAAUUUGCCAGAGCAUAGUAAUGGCACUAUUGAAGAAACAGGAAGGAAGAAGAGGAAGAAGAAACGGGUAAAGGAAACUCCAGUUGAUGAAUUCUCUAGGAUUAGAAAGCAUCUGAGAUAUUUACUACAUCGAUGGACGUACGAACAAAACUUAAUAGAUGCGUAUUCUGGUGAAGGGUGGAAAGGGCAGAGCCUGGAAAAAAUAAAGCCAGAGAAGGAACUUCAACGUGCCAAAUUGGAAAUUUUCCGCUGCAAAUUGAAGAUAAGAGAUCUAUUUCAACGUCUUGAUUUGUCAAUUUCCAAAGGAAGGUUUCCGGCAUCGUUGUUUGAUUCUGAAGGACAGAUUGACAGUGAGGAUAUAUUCUGUGCAAAAUGUGAGUCUACAGAAUUGCCAGCUGAUAACGACAUCAUACUAUGUGACGGUGCUUGUGAACGUGGUUUCCACCAGUUGUGUCUUGAACCACCAUUAUUAAAGGAUGACAUUCCUCCUGAUGAUGAGGGCUGGCUUUGCCCUGGAUGUGAUUGUAAGGUUGACUGCAUUGAAUUGCUUAAUGAUUCUCAAGGAACUAAUCUUUCUAUUCUGGACACAUGGGAGAAGGUAUUCCCUGAGGCGGCAGCAGCAGCAGCAGCUGGAAAUAACCUAGAUGAUAAUUUGGGACUUCCAUCAGAUGAUUCUGAGGAUAAUGAGUAUGACCCUGAUGGUUCAGAGGUCGAUGAGAAAGGAGAAGAAUCUAGUUCUGACGAAUCCGAUUUCUAUACUGCUUCUGAAGAUAAUGGAACUUCGCCCAAGAGCAAGCAGAACUUGGAGCUACCUUCUGAUGAUUCAGAGGAUGAUGAAUAUGAUCCUGAUGCUCCAGAUCUCGAUGACCAGGUUAAGCAGGAAAGUUCAAGUUCUGAUUUUACUUCCGACUCUGAUGAUUUUGGUGUUGUGUUCGAUAACACCAAAUCCUGCAGAGGCUCCAACGGAGAAGGACCUAAAGUUGGUCAAGGGAAAAAACCAUCUAUAAAUGAUGAGUUGUCAUCUCUGUUAGAGUCAGAUCCUGGCCAUGGAGAAACUGCACCUGUAGCUGGAAGGAGACAUGUAGAAAGGUUGGACUACAAAAAGCUGUAUGAUGAUACAUAUGGAAAUGUUUCCUCUGAUUCAAGUGAUGAAAAUUGGGUUGAUGAUGCUGAUGCACCCAAAAAGAGGAGGCGCAAUAUGGAGAAAGGUGCUUCUGUAUCACCUGGCGGAAGGACCCCGAGUACACAGGGGCUAAAUGCUAAUGAUGCGAAGCACAACCAAGAAGUGAGUGGACAUGCUCCCAAGAGAAGAGCCCGUGAGAAGAUAGAUGUUGAAGGUACAAAUAAUUCACCAGCUAAACGUGGUUCUACUACUAGUAGUUCUGAAAGGUCAGCUUAUAGAAGACUUGGGGAAGUUGUAACUCAGGGGCUUCUAAAAUCCUUCAAGGAAAAUCAGUUUCCAGAACGAGCUACAAGAGAUAAUUUAGCGAAAGAAUUAGGAAUCACGCAGCAUCAGGUUCGCAAAUGGUUUGAAAAUGCUCGUUGGAGCUUUCGCCAUACAUCACGCAUGGAAUCAAAACUAGCCGAAAGUGUCCCCAGCUAUAGCACUCCACCUAAAAAGAAUCAGUCAGAGUCUGGAGUGGGCAAAGUGAAUGCUGGGGUAACCAUUGGCAAUUCAUCGACUGAAGAAAGUAACAGGCUGAGAUCUACAACCUCAAGAGGCCGCAAGAGACGGAUUCAGUUAGAAACGCAAGAAUCAGAUCAUGUUUUGGGGAUUGAGGAGAUCCGAAAGGAGAGUGCAUCAGUUGAUUUACCUAAAGCUGAAGAUUUGCGGGAAAAGGGAAGAUCACCGAAAUCUCAGGAAGUGCGGAAAAGGGGGAGACCUAAGAAAAGGUAAGAAAUCUGCUGCUUGACUCUUCAAAUUCUGUGCGCUUGGACAUUACUUUCCGCAUGUUACUACUUGAAAGAGAGGAGAGGGUUCUCCUUAUGAUGCUGAAGUGCAUCCAUUUACUGUUCCGGGAUCAAGAGAAGUAUUCCUCUCUAGGUUUAGUGAUUGCUUUGAACUUCUACUCAUAUGAGUGUUCGACUAAUCUGCUUAUACAGGCAGCCCUCAUAUACUGAGAGCAGUUUUUCCUCGCUGAUUAUGGCAUGUUUGGUUCUGCUGUCAAAGGGUACAUUGUAUUGUUGUAUGACUUGGUAGGGCAAUUACAGGUUACAUUAGUGAAGAUUUUUUUGUACCUUGUGAUUCUGUGACCUGAAGUUGUGUAACACUAAGACCUUGUUCAAAAUCAAAUUGGAUGGGGAAAACUUCCUUGUGGCUUCUGACU